AUGCACCCCUCGGCCCUCUUGGCGGCCUUGUUUGCCGCCGCCUCGGCCGUCGAGGCCGCCCAAGGACCCUUCAGGGUCCCAGAGCUUAUAACACAGGAUUGGAUACUCAACCACGCUCGCAACAGCAGUCUUUUCACGAGGUGGAGGCCACGCUCCCACUUCCUCGCGCCGGCCGGUUGGAUGAAUGAUCCAUGCGGCGCCUUUUACGAUGCCGCCACCGACCUGUACCAUUUGCAAUAUCAAUUCCAUCCCAAUCACGCUAAUUGGGGCAACGUCUCGUGGGGCCAUGCCGUCUCCAGAGAUUUGUUCCACUGGAAGGAUAUUAGAGACUGGCGAGACGACUCGUCCGUGUCUCUGCCUGCUGGGCGGUUCAACAACGGACCACUCUCGUUUUUUUCUGGAUCUUCACAGCCCGUCAACCUCCACGGAAAGCAAGAUGGCACUCUGUUGACUUUUGUAACGAGCGUCUAUGACUUGCCUACAAACUGGGCGAAGCCGUACAAAAGAGGCAUGGAAAGGCAAUCUAUAUUCAGGAGCACGGAUGCCGGUCAGACUUGGCAAGACCUGGGCGUCGUCAUCGACGGCCCUCCAAAAGGCUGGAACGUCACCGGAUUCCGUGAUCCUUAUGCGUUUUCGAGCCCUCAACUCGACGCCAUCCGCGGCGUCGGGCCGCACUACUAUCUCACCGUCGGUUCGGGUCUCAAGGGGCCCAACGUCCCGGCCAAGUUUCACGGCGCGGAGCGCCCUGGCUACAUCGGCCCUCGGAUGCCCCUCUAUGCCGCACCUGCCUCGGACCUGACCAAGUGGACGUUCGUCGGGCCUAUAUUGGAGGCGAGAGCCAACGCAAGCCUUGGCCACCCUGAUAUAACCGGUUCGUACGGAUACAACUUUGAAACGAGCGGCAUUUUCAGCCUGCCCAUCAGCAGUCACGGCGGCGGCGGCGGCGGCAGAGCCAACACUGCUUGGUUCGCCGUCAUGGGCACCGAGGGCGGCAACACCACGCUGCAUCCGCAUGAACACUGGGCUGUCUGGUCCCGCGGCACCGUGAGCGCUACCCGCGGCGGCGGCCCCAAGAUGAUCCCUUCGUCGGGCGGUGCGCUGGACUGGGGGAUUUCGUAUGCGCACACCACGUUUGAGGAUGGACGCAGGGGGAACGGCAGCAGGAGGAUCGCGUGGGGUUGGGCAAACGAAGACAUCAACGAGACCAAGCGUCCCGGAGGCUCGUGGAUGUACCACGUGCUCAAGGCGUUCGGCUACGCGGGCGCCAUGAACCUGCCCUUGGAGGUCUUUGUCAAGAGCACCACGGGACUGCGGAGGCACGACUACAUUGACGGGAACGAAUGGGUCGCCGACCAAAAGAGUGCAUAUACCGCGCAGACCUUGGGCAUCAGACCCUUGCCUGAAGUCAUGAGCAUGCUCACGAGCGGAGCGAGACAAGAAACCUUCAGCGUGGGACCUCUGCAGCCCGGCAGCGCGCCCAGAAAGGCGUUCCAUGACGUGGGCGAUUCUUGGGUCAUGAAGGUUACGCUGCAGCCGUGGCAAGGAGGCCCGGCAGGCAUCAUCGUCGCCCAGAGCCCCGACAACACCGAGUACACGAGGAUCAUAUUCGACCCCCGCGCCAAGCAGAUCGUCGUGCGGCGGGAGCACAGCACCCUGCUGAAAGGCGUGUUCACCACGAGGCCGGUGACGGGUCAUUUUGCCCCCUACACAUACUCCAACGGCGCGACCGAGGACGUCAACUUCACCAUCGUGUUCGACAAGUCUCUGCUGGAGAUAUUCGUCAACGACCGGUUCGCGCUCACCACCAGGCUCUACCCCGUCCGUCGCGACAGCACCGGCAUAAGCUUCUUUGCCGGAGAGCCGGGGGCGGGGACUGGUGCUGGUGCUGGUGCUGGUGCUGGUGGGCCGGCCAUCGCGCCGUGGAAGCAGGCUACGGUCUGGAAGGGCUUGAACAAGGCUUGGCCGCACCGACCAGAGGAUUCGAGCUCCAAGCUGGUCUGGGAUUCACCCGAGGUGACGAACGGUUAUACUUAUUGGGAUGGAUGGUAA